CAUAUUAUACUCACUCAGCAAUCAUCUCUUGCAUACUUUCAUAUAUACAUUAUUGUGCUUCUUGUUAAGCAAAACAUGGCAUCCUCAAAGGCUUUUCUUCUUCUUGGUCUUGUCUUUGCUGUUCUCCUCAUCUCCUAUGAGGUCUUAGCUAUUCCAACUCAGUCAGAGGAGAGUACAGUCAACGGUGAUGCCCGCGGAUUUGGAGGUCAUGGCCGCGGAUUUGGAGGUCAUGGCCCCGGACAUGGAGGUCAUGGCCCCGGACAUGGAGGUCAUGGCCCCGGACAUGGAGGUCAUGGCCACGGACAUGGUGGUCAUGGCCACGGACAUGGAGGUCAUGGGCACGGACAUGGAGGUCAUGGCCACGGACAUGAAGGGUAUGGCCACGGACAUGGUGGAUAUGGCCACGGCCACCACGGCCACCACGGCCACCAUGGCAUAGGGAGGCCUGGUGCUGCUGAGACUGAAAUCAAGAAUUAGAUAACCUGUUAGUUUCUGUGACUUACGUUGCAGGUGUGUUGUAAGGGUAGCAGUACGAAAUAAAGUUGUUUGGUUGAGUAAUCUAUAUGAACUCUCAAUCAUAAACUGUCCUAAGCUUGUUCUCAUGUUUCUCAUGUUCUCUGUAAUGUACGCAUUGUAAUGUACGCAUUGGAAUGUGUUCUCUUGUUAUGUGAUAAAAUGUGAUGUAACUUUCUCAAUACAUAUUAUGUCAAAAAUGUUUAGUA